AUGGCGCUGCUGCGGCCCAGUCGGGGCCUGGUCCCCGUCCUGUGGGUCCUGUGGGUCCGGGGCCGGCGGCCCGGGGCCCCGCUGCCCGGGGGCCGCGCGCUUCGGUCCGGCCCGUCGGAGCCCCCGGGGCCCCCGGAGCCCCGGAAGAAGGAGCCCCCCGCCGGCGCGGGGCCCCGGAAGGAGCUGCUGCUGCGGCUGCGGCGGCGGACCGGCUUCUCCUUCGUCAACUGCAAGAAGGCGCUGGAGGCCUGCGGAGGGGACCACCGGCGGGCAGAGUUGUGGCUGCAGCAGCGGGCCCGGGAGGAAGGCUGGGUCCAGGCGACCAAGCUCCGCGGCCGGAUCGCCAAGGAGGGGCUCGUCGGCCUCCUGGAGGAGGGCAACGCGGCCGUGCUGGUGGAGGUGAACUGCGAGACAGAUUUUGUGUCCAGGAAUGCCAAGUUCCAGCAGCUGGUCCAUCAGGUAGCCCUGGGGACGCUGCGCCACUGCCAGUCCCUGCAGCAGCCACUGUCUACGUACAGUAAGGGCUGUUUGCACGGCCCUGAGCUGUGUGACCUUAGCUCUGGGCCCGGCAGAGAUGGCUCCCUCGGGGACCAGCUGGCCCUGACCAUCGGUUCCCUGGGAGAGAACGUGCUGCUCCGCCGUGCCGCGUGGCUCAUGGUGCCUCCCGGCUUCCUCAUCGGCUCGUACGUGCACGGGACCGUGGAGGGACCCUCCGCCCCCACCGCCCCAGCCGCCGCCGCCGCGCUGGGCAAAUACGGGGCCCUCGUCGUCUGCCGGGCCCCCGACCCGACCCCCGACCGGACCCCUGACCUGGCCUGGCUGGGCCGGAGGCUGGGCCAGCACGUGGUGGGCAUGGCCCCUCUGUCCGUGGGCUCUCCGGACGACCCUCCCGGUGGGGAGGCGGAGACCCGCAUGUUGGCCCAGCCCUACUUGCUGGACCCUGGCCUGACGCUGGGCCAGUUCGUGCAGCCGCACGGCGUCACCGUGCUGGACUUUGUACGCUUCGAGUGCGGGGACGAGGGCGGGGGCGAAGGCGAGAGCUUGGGUGCGGUGGCUAGCGCCGGGUAGCGCCUGCGAUGGCUGGGGCCAGGGCCUGGGCCCGGGCGAGGGUCGGGGCAGGCCUCAGAUGAGUUGGGGGAGCCGGGCCCUCGGCGCCGGCCGGGGUGAAAAUAAAAACUGUCUCGGAUGGCGCCCCA